AAUCCUUGCUUUGUGUCAUUCACAGCUUUUGUAAAAAGGAUGAUCACAACAAAGAGAAUCUCUUCAACAGCCUCAACUAUGAUGUUGCUGCCAAGAAAAGAAAAAAAGAUCAGCUGAAUAACAAAGCCAAGACUCAAUAUUUCCACCAGGAGAAGUGGAUCUAUGUUCACAAGGGAAGCACAAAAGAGCGCCAUGGUUACUGCACCUUGGGAGAAGCCUUCAACCGACUUGACUUCUCCAGUGCUAUCCUGGACUCCAGGCGAUUCAACUAUGUCGUGAGGCUGUUGGAGCUGAUAGCAAAGUCUCAGCUGACGUCACUGAGUGGCAUUGCCCAGAAAAACUACAUGAACAUUUUGGAAAAAGUGGUGCAGAAAGUCCUUGAAGAUCAGCAGAACAUCAGGCUGAUACGGGAAUUGCUGCAGACCCUCUACACAUCCCUCUGCACAUUAGUUCAGCGGGUUGGCAAGUCUGUCCUGGUUGGAAACAUCAACAUGUGGGUGCAUAGGAUGGAGAGCAUUCUCCACUGGCAGCAGCAGCUAAACAACAUUCAGAUCACCAGGCCUGCCUUUAAAGGAACCACUUUCACAGACUUGCCAUUGUGUUUACAAUUGAACAUCAUGCAGCGACUGAGUGAUGGGAGGGACCUGGUUAGCCUUGGUCAGGUGGCUCCUGACCUGCAGGUGCUCAGCGAAGACAGGCUGCUGUGGAAGAAACUCUGCCAGUACCACUUCACUGACAGACAGAUUCGCAAACGGCUGAUCUUAUCCGACAAAGGACAGCUGGAUUGGAAGAAGAUGUACUUCAAGCUCAUAAGGUGUUACCCACGGAAGGAGCAGUAUGGUGAUACAUUGCAGCUGUGCAGGCACUGCCACAUCCUUUCCUGGAAGGGUACUGAUCACCCCUGCACAGCCAACAACCCAGAGACUUGCUCCACCUCUCUUUCACCGCAAGAGUUUAUCAACUUGUUCAGGUUCUGAACUUGGAUCACCGCAGCUUAUGUGAUUCUUACAGGACACUUUAUGCCACUGAGCUUGGACACUCCAUUUGUAAAUAGUGUAAAUAUUCAUGUUUGUUUGAAGCUCCUGAGUCAAGGAACAAGAGGAUCUCAGAUGAAAGGUGAAAUUGCUCACUGACAUGCAGCACUUAAGGAAUACAGACUUCCAUAGAACUGGUGUAUAAAUACAGCAUGUUGUACAGAGUCCCUUUUUUAUCAUCAGAGUACAAGAUACAGGGCAAAAAAACUGCAUUUUUUUUAUUUUUUAGAAGUUCAAACCGAAUUUGCCCCGCAACCAUUUGCGAACUCUUUUGGCUUGUUUCUGAUAGAGAAAAAGCAAUAUGAGGCUAGGACUGUUGAACUGUUCCUCCAUCUGGUUUUAUUUAGCAUACAUAUUUAUAAAUACGACGUUUUGAAAAUAUUUAUGAAAAAAUCUCCCUGUGACAAGUUCAGUAAUACUUUCAUGGUUUUAAAAGGACACAUUCUGAAAUACUUAAGAUAGAACUCUGGCCUAUU